AUGUUUCCUCAAAGCCGGCACUCAGGCUCCUACCACCUCCCCCAGCAGCUCAAGUUCACCACCUCCGACUCCUGUGACCGCAUCAAAGAUGAGUUCCAGUUGCUGCAAGCACAGUACCACAGCCUCAAGCUGGAGUGUGACAAGCUGGCCAGCGAGAAAUCAGAGAUGCAGCAGCGGCAUUACGUCAUAUACUAUGAGAUGUCCUAUGGAUUGAACAUGGAGAUGCAUAAACAGGCUGAAAUCGUGAAGAGGCUGAAUGGGAUUUGCGCCCAGGUUCUGCCCUGUUUGUCACAGGAGCAUCAGCAACAGGUUCUGGGAGCUAUCGAGAGAGCCAAGCAGGUCACGGUUCCUGAGCUGAACUCCAUCAUCCGACAGCAGCUCCAGGCUCACCAGCUGUCCCAGCUGCUGGCGCUGGCCCUGCCCCUGACACCGCUGCUCGUGGGGCUCCAGCCGCCAUCACUCCCUGCAGUCAGCGCGGGCACCGGCCUGCUGUCUCUUUCGGCUCUGGGCUCUCAGGCACACCUCUCUAAGGAGGACAAGAAUGGACAUGAUGGGGACACCCACCAGGAGGAUGACGGCGAGAAGUCGGAUUAG